AAAAACAAGCUUUGCAAGCUUCUGUUUCUUUUCAGGAAUGUGUCAUACUUUUGUCAUUUAAUGUGAGAAACUUGACGCGGUUGAGAGAGAUUGAACAAAUCUCAUCAUAUCCGUCAAGGGGAUACUCUUUUAUUAAGUGGUAGGACUAUAGGUACAAACCCCCAUUACUUUAUUGUGUGGUAGAGCCAAGUUAUCCCAAUGACGUCACGAACACAUGCGCAUAGGCUUACCAUAGUUGUACGCAAUCGCAGUAGAUAAAAUUACCGAACCCACCUAUUAUAACCAAGAAUAAUUGUGGCGUGGUGUUAACUGAGCAAGAAUUAUUCCUCUUCUAUUCAGUAUGGAUGAAGAUAAUGACACCCCACUCAUUAAAAUCGAACCAAAACAAGAAGAAGUAAUCUAUUCCUCUCUUCAGGGACACGUUUCAGUAAGCAACGAAGUUUUGGUGACAAUAAAGGACGAAAUUACCAUUGGUACAUCGUGUUCUAAAUCUCUUUAUAAUGAAGAAGUACAACCACACUCUGACUUUCAACAUCACCUUUUAACUCGGUGCAAAACAGAUUCUAAAGAUUUUAAAUGUGGUGAUUGUGAUUAUGAGACAAAUGUUAAAGGCAGCCUCAAACAACACCUUUUAAAACAUACAAUUUCUAAGGAUUUUAAAUGUGGUAUUUGUAAUUAUGGGACAAAUAAUAAAAGCCACUUCAGACGGCAUCUUUUAAAACAUACAGUUUCUGAGUUUUUUAAAUGUGCUACUUGUGAUUACGGGACAAAUAUUAAACGUAACCUAAAAAGUCAUCUGUUAAAUCAUGCAGUUUCUAAACAUUUUAAAUGUGCAGUUUGUGAUUAUGAAUCAAAUUAUAAAUCCGCUCUUAAAGAGCACUCAUUAAAACAUAAAGUUUCUAAGGAUUUUAAAUGUGGUGAUUGUGAUUAUCAGACAAAUUAUAAAUCGUCUCUUAAAAAACACUUCUUAAAACAUAGAGUUUUUAAGGAUUUUAAAUGUGCUGAUUGUGAGUAUGAAACGAAUUAUAAAUUCGCUCUUAAAAAACACGUUUUAAAACAUAAAGUUUCUAAAGUGUUUAAAUGUACCAUUUGUAAUUAUGGGACAAAUGAUAAACACAACUUCAAAAAUCACCUUGUAAAACAUAAGGUUUCUAAGGAUUUUAAAUGUGCCGAUUGUGAUUAUGAGACGAAUUAUAAAUCAGCUCUUAAAGACCACUUUUUAAAACAUAAAGCUUCAAAGGAUUUUAAAUGUCCUGACUGUGAUUAUGAGACAAUUUAUAAAUCCGCUCUUAGAAAACACUUUUUAAAACAUAAAGUUUCUAAGGAUUUUAAAUGUGCACAUUGUGAUUAUAAGACAAAUUAUAAAUCAGCUCUUAAAAAACACUCUUUCAGACAUGCAGUUUCUAAGGACUUUAAAUGUGCUGAUUGUGAUUAUGAGACAAAUUAUAAAUCUGCUCUUCAAAAACACUCGAAAAAACACUUUUCAAAAUAAGGUUUCUAAUGCCGGUUUGCACCGACAAAUUUAAGCGGAGCUUAAAAUCCAUGGCAACCAUUGUCUCAAUAAUCGUUGCCAUGGAUUUUAAGCUACGCUUAAGCUAAGCUCCACUUUAAUUUGUCGGUGCAAACGGCCAUAAGGAUUUUAAAAACAAUUUGAAAUGUGCUGAUUGUGUUUAUUGGAUUUUAGGUGUACCAAUUAUGAUUUUGGGACAAAAAGUAAAACCUUUGAAACAUAAGAAAGAAAUAUUUUAAAUGUGCUAUUUGUGAUCAGUCAUAGUCAUAACCUACCAGAUAGGAACGCAAAUGGAAUACUUUGCCUGAACUGUAAAGCGGGCAGUUCGUAUUUCGUUUAAUUACAUUGCCAAUAUAUAUGUUAAUUUUUAUGAUAGAUGAGUGCAUUACAUUUCACUUGAAGAGCUGCAAGACCUGGAAGGUGGGUAGCGAUUGCCACCUGGCGCCUAUUGAGAUUAUCAUGGUCUAUUGGUGAUUGGUAAGGUAUUUAAUAUUGAGGGGUAAUCUAGUAGGUUACUAUGGAAAAUACUAAACACACAUUUUACACAAGUUUUGAAUUUGAAUCUGACGUUAAUGUAAUACAUUUGAUAAACCAAAGAAUGACCAGCUGAAAUAGACUUCAAACCAACUCCACUCCUUUCCCAUUUGUGAAAAAUAACAUCUUCCACAUAAAGUACAUGAAAUACAUUGUAAAUUAGCCGGACGUUCUUCAGUCCGGAAGGUAUCUGAAGGUCCUGGAGACGGUAACCUUAGACUAAAGUUGUAUUUCGAGAUGAAUGCCACUAACUAAUUUUAACACCCCGCCAUUUACCUCUCCACGGACGAAACAGUUAAAGACACUAAAAAAGGCACGUUCAUACACAAAGAAUUGAAGUCGCUAAUCAAUCUAAAUGAGUAGUGUGUUUAUUUUCCUGUUCGGUGCAGACAGAUUUCGCCUUGUAAAAAUUCGCACGGUUGGCAGCUCUUAUAAGUGUUAUAUAUACAGUGUGGAACAUUUCCAGUUAAUGAGUCGGAGCAAUGAUCCAUUAAUUGAGAUGCCCCAACCUUAGCAACGUCCUGUGAAUAUGAUUGUCGAUACGAAGCACCCUAUACAUCAUGUUAGUUACACAAGCUGCCAACCGAAAUCUGGUGGGAUUUGCCGAAUAGCCACCUACGAAGUAUUUAGAUGGGAAAACGAUUAUAGUAAGCCAAUACGAUCACAGUAAGCGAUUGUCCUAAAUUUCAGAUGUGACAGUGUUUUUAUGAAUCGCUUCCACCAUGCCCGAAGGCGUAAUUAAACUAACCGAGAAGCAACUACUGGAAGUGGGAAAGCCAGUCGACUUCUCCUUCAAGCACCUCACCAGUUUGGAAGGUGUGGCGAUUGAAGGGCCACGUUCGCAGCGCAUCGGUCAAAUUCCAAUCCGCGGCGCCACGAGUCGGCGAUACUUAACCAGAGCCGUGUGGCUCAACAACAACAAGCUACCGAACAUACGGCACAUGGACGCGCUGAUAAAUUCGGCGCUCGAGGAUCCCUCCAAGCUCGGCUGGAUCGACUUCUCGUUCAAUUACAUAACCGAAAUAGACGAGUGCAUACUCAAAUUUCCCAAUUUGAGUAUCGUGUACUUUCACGGAAACCUAAUCAAGAAUGUGGACGAGGUUUUCCGAUUGCGGCCGUUAAGGCAAUUGAGAACGGUUACGUUCCACGGCAAUCCAAUUUCGGAAACUAGGGAUUAUCGUCACUAUGUCAUAACGUACUUGCCGCAGGUUCAAAAUUUAGAUUUUUCGCCAAUCACGAUAUUGGAAAGGCGCGAACCCAAGCCCCCAACUGCCGUCAAAAAGGUUUCCGCAACAGCCAAUAGUUAAUUAUUUUGUAAUGCGAAUCAUGCACGAUAAAUCUACGUAUUUUUUAA